AAAUAUCACGUGUCACAAGCUUAAAUUAAACUUUUAAAAAAACUUUAAGCUACAAUAAAUGUUUUAAAUAAAAUAAUUUUUUUUUUAAUUUUGUUGCAAAAUAUGACAACAUUAAAAACUGCUCGGGAUAUUUAUGACUUUCGUUGCAUAUUAUGUUCUGAAACAUUUAAGAAUCCAAAAGUUCUUCCUUGUUUGCAUUCCUUUUGUUACUCGUGUUUGGAAGAGCUCAUUCGAGGGCACGAACAAACAUUGGUAUGUCCAACAUGUACUGUUGAAAUUCAAGUUGAUCCUACUGGACUAGAUGCAUUUCCUGCUAAUUCUUUUGCCAUCAACAUGCUUAACAUUCUUGCCAUAGAAAAUCCAACCAAUUGCUCAAAUUGUGAAGAUCGUGAAUUAGCAAAUUCAAGGUGUUUAGAUUGCGUGGAAAAUCUAUGUACAAGAUGCGUCACUGCACAUGAACGUAUUAGACAAACAAAGGGGCAUAAAAUAAUUACAUUUGAGGAACUGCAAAACAAUGCAGUUCAUGAUGCACUCAAGUGUCAUUCCUUUUGUAAAACUCACGAUAGAGAGAUACUAAAAUACUUUUGUGAAACGUGCGAUGAAGCAAUAUGUAGAGAUUGUGCAAUAAGUGAACACAGAGAUCACAAUUAUAUGGAUCUUAAAGAAGCAGUUAAACUCCACAGAAACGGGGUAACUAAUCUAUUGGACAAUGCCAAACGAAAAAUUCCCGUUAUAAAACUUGCCUUAAAAGAAAUAGCAGAAGUUAAAGAAAACUUAAAUCAAAGACGCACCUCAAUUGCACAUUUUAUAAAAAGCAAGAUUGAUCUUCUAAUAAAAUACAUGGAAGAAAGAAAAACACAACUUCUUUCUCAGCUCGAUGAAAUCUACUUGGAAAAAGAAUCGGUAAUAAAUGAUCAACAAGAUGAGUUGGAACUCGACCUCGAUAAUUUUCAUUCAAGUUGUGAAUUUGUAGAAAAUAUGAUGAACUAUGGAAACGAAGCUGAAGUAAUGACUGUAAAAAGGUUUAUGACAAAGAGAUUGCGUGAUUUAUGUAGUUAUCAACCUCAAACAGAACCCGAAGAAAACGAUGUUAUUGAAUUUUCUUUUGAAGACGCACCUCUAAAGGAUGAAGUUGAUAAGUUCGGAAAACUUAGCACAAGUAAUACAUUUCCUUUAUUUUGCAUUGCAAAAGGUGAUGGUCUUCACCAGGCUACAAUGGGACAUACAACAGAAUUCAAAGUAAUUACAAAAGACAGAUUUGGAAAUUUUAUACCUAGAGGAGGAGAUGCUUUGAGUGUAAAAAUAACUGAUUCCAAGGGAACUACGACAAAUGCAGAAGUUCUUGAUUAUAAUAAUGGAACAUAUUCUGUUACCUACAAAGUAAAAUCAAAAGGAAAACAUUUAGUAGCUGUUUAUAUACGCGACAAAGCUAUUCAAAACAGUCCGUUUGAAGUAAAUGUUUCCUCAGGAGUAGAUAUAGAAAAAAUUGGACCAAUGCUAACAAAAUUUGGUUCAGGAGGUGUCACAAGUUCUCUUGCAAAAGAUGACAGCUAUGAACCAUGGGGCUUGGUUUGUAAUAAAGAUGGUGAUAUCAUAGUUACUGACCAUAGUAAUCAUAAAGUUCAAGUUUUUGAUGUAAACGGGAAACUACUUCAUCAAUUUGGUGUAAGAGGAAAAGACGAUGGAGAAAUAUGGUACCCUACUGGAAUAGCCGUAGAUAAAUAUAGCAACAUUUAUGUAGCAGAUCAUGGGAAUCAUAGAAUUCAAGCAUAUACUGGAGAUGGAAAAUUUAUUAGGAAGUACGGCUCACGUGGAACAGGAGAUGGACAAUUAAAAGGUCCUUGUGGAAUAUGUAUUGAUCGGGAAAAUAGGCUCAUAGUUACCGACAGAGACAACCAUCGUGUUCAAAUAUUUGAUCUUGAUGGAAAGUUUUUACUUGCAUUUGGUGGUUACGGAAUCCAAGAUGGAAAAAUGAAUUCUCCCCGACACGUUUCUGUAACCAUGGAAAACAAUAUUGUAAUAUCUGAUACAAAUAACUAUCGGGUUCAAAUAUUUGAUAGAAAUGGAAAAUUUAUUUCAAAGUUUGGCUCAAAAGGAACACUUGAAGCUCAAUUUAUGUGUCCAUCUGGAAUUGGAUUAGAUGGCGAAAAUAAUAUUGUCAUUGCUGACUUUAGAAACGCCAACGUGCAAAUUUUUAACGAAGAAGGAAACCUUCUUAAAGUACUUGGUUCAGAAGGAAGUAUUUCUGCAGGCAUAUUUUCAAAGCCAACUGGUUUAUUUGUGUCGUCUAGUGGAAAUAUUCUUGUGGCAGAUAGGGGAACUCACAAAAUUUAUUUAUUUUAAUUUUUAUUUUGUUUGCAGAUUUUUGUAUAUUUAAUUAGUUAAAGAUAUCAGUUAAAAGAUAAAAUAUAAAUAUACUAAAAGUAUAUCCGCGG